UCGACCACCAACCGAGAAGCAUAAGUUGAUAAGAAAUAAGUUUUGGCGAGUAAUUUCGAUAGAAAAUAAAGCUCUAUUUACUACAUCUGAAUUUUACUAAUAUCGGUUGUUGUAUGAAGGCGGGAUGGAUAGGACCGAUAAUGUUAUGAGGAGAAUAUCUUCUUUUCAUACGAAAUAUUCUCACUCGUGUUAUUAUUCAUUAAAAUGUGAUUGGUUUGCCCUGAAAAAUUAAGUCCAAGUAACGAGGUGGCUACGAACAUGUUGCCUAUAAAUACCCAUCAAGUGUUGAUUUUCUGCAACGCAGCGAAAGCCUCUCCCCAGUCUUCGAUUCCCGUAGUCGUCCGAUAUCCGCAAACGAAGCACGAAAAUAGUGGGGAACAUGUCGGUUCAGGUUUCGGCAAUUCCAUCUUCUUCUCCGAGUAAAGGAAGAAGCGGCGGGGUCGAACGCCGGUCGACAGAAUAUCACGAGAGCGUAUGGGGUGAUUACUUCCUCAAAUAUGCUUCUCCCUCCAACUCAACGAAGCUCAAAUUCCUUGGAAGAGUGGAGGAACAAGUUGAGGAAUUGAAAGGAGUGGUGAGGAAGAUACUGACUGAUGAUGUCGCGGAUAAGCCUUCACAAAUGCUUCACUUGAUUGAUCAAAUUCAACUCUUGGGAAUUGACUACCAUUUUGAACGAAAAAUAGAUGAGCAAUUAGAACAUAUCCACAAAAGUUACUCUCAACUCGAUCAUGGAGGUUUUAUGGGAGAUGACCUUCAUAUGGUUGACUAUUAUGUUUCGAUUGCUGUGACAACAAGGUUUCAAUAUCAUAUCGGAGGUCUUUAACAAAUUCAAGGACAGUGAAGGCAAAUUUAGGGAAUCGCUUAUCACAAAUGUGCACGGAUUAUUGACCCCAUAUGAAGCUUGCCAUUUAAGGUGCCAUGGCGAUGAUAUUUUGGAGGAAGCACUUCCUUUUGCUAUAACUCAACUUGAAUCGAUUGAUGUAAUGAAAGUAAGCAAUAGUCUUGCGAAACAAGUGAGUUGUGCCCUCAAUCAGCCACUUCGCAAGGGGCUGCUGAGACUCGAGGCAAGGCAUUAAUAUAUCACUCUACCAAGAAGAGCCUUCACAUGACGAGGUCUUGCUCGCCUUGGCUAAACUAGAUUUCAACUUACUGCAAGAGCAACACCAGAAGGAACUUGGCAGGAUUACAAG